AUGUUUGUACCAUCGAAGGAGCCAGUCAAUGAAGCUGUGAUUUCUCCAGCUGAGAUAGAGAAUGAAAUCAAUAUUUUCAAGCAACCAAACAAUCCAACGCCCGAACAGAUGGAAUCCCUUAUUGAAAAAUUACAGUCAGCUGCUAGGAAGCCUCCCCAAGCAGUUCCUGUUGCUACUGAGUGUCCAUUUGGGAGUGAUAAAGACGAUUCAAAUGCCUCCCUGAUGCCAAGAAAGCAAAGACGUAGAGAUCCAAGGCCGAGAGUGCUUAUUAUUAAACCAGUACAACAGCCAAAUUCAACUGGUGAACCAGCCCAGGUUCAACAAGAUAAUCAAAGCCCAAUCGUUGCACCAGCAUAG